AUGAUUUCUGGAUAUGUGUCAGUAGGUUGUUACUUUGAGGCUCUUGGCAUCUUCAUUGGCAUGAAACAAGCUGGCAUAAAACCAGAUGCCAUCACAUUCACUAGUAUCUUAGCACCUUGUUCACAACUAGCAGCCUUAGAACAGGGUAAGGAGAUUCACAAGUGUAUCACUGAAAGUAAGUUGGAACCCAAUGAAAUAGUUAUGGGGGCUCUCCUGGACAUUGAUGCUAAAUGUGGUGCUGUGGAUGAAGCUCUUAGUGCGUUUAAUCAAUUACCAGAGAGAGACAUUGUGUCGUGGACUUCAAUGAUCAUGGCUUAUGGGUCUCAUGGCCAAGCUUUUGAAGCUUUGAAACUUUUCAAUAAACUGCAAAGAUCCAAUAUGAAACUUGACAGAAUUACAUUUCUUGCGGUAAUGUCUGCAUGUAGCCAUGCAGGAUUAGUUGAUGAGGGCUUUUAUUAUUUUAAUUUAAUGACUACUGAUUAUGGAAUCAAACCUACAAUUGAAGACUACUCAUGCUUGAUGGAUCUUCUUGGACGUGCUGGGAGACUGCAUGAAGCAUAUGAGAUUCUCCAAAAAAACCCAGACAUUAAAGAGAAUGGUGAAUUGUUAAGCACAUUAUUUUCUGCUUGCCAUAUGCAUGGGGAAUCGGAAUUAGGGGGGGAAAUUGCAAGAUUUCUUAUUGAGAAGGAUCCUGAUGAUCCAUCAUCUUACAUAAUUCUAGCUAACAUGUAUGCUUCCAUGAAGAAAUGGGAUGACGCGCGCAAAGUGAGAUUGAAGAUGAAAGACCUUGGAUUGAAAAAGAACCCUGGGUGUAGCUGGAUUGAAGUUAACAAGAGGAUUCGAACUUUUCUUGUGGAAGAUAAAUCACACCCAGAAGCAGAGAUGCAUGCGGCAUGCACUAUAGCUUUUUCACAGCCCCAUAUAAUUGGAAAGAAUCAAGGGGUCCAUGCUUUUAUAGUCCAGAUCAGAGAUACAAAUGGCGACGUCUGUCCAACCAUACCUAUAGCUGAUUGUGUUCAUAAGAUUGGCUUAAAUGGUGUUGACAAUGGUCAAAUCUGUCGCUUGGGAUUGCUGGAGCUUAUUGCUGGGCUUAUUUGGGGUGUUGUGGGUUAUGCUUCACUCAUCGCAAGGACUGAUUGA